AUGACCGAUGAUAUUUUUGUGCCCUUUGUUCAUUACGAUGUUCAUAUUUUUCCUUUCUUGUUUGUGACUGACAGGACGAUGAGUGAUCAACCAGCAAUCAAUGGCUUGAUUCCUCCACCCGUUUCAGAGCCAAAUAAGGUUGCAGCCUCCUCGACAGAGACAAAACCAAAGAAGAGGAUAUGUUGCGCUUGCCCUGAUACAAAGAAGCUGAGAGAUGAGUGCAUCGUAGAGCAUGGCGAAUCGGCUUGCACAAAAUGGAUCGAGGCUCAUAAAAUGUGUCUCCGAGCAGAAGGUUUCAACGUCUGA